GGCCCAGGCGAGGCUCCCGGCCUCAGGGCCGCCCGCCUGGGCCGCGCUCGCACAACUUCGGCCUGAGGCCCCGGGAGCCGCCAGUCCUCAGUGCCUCCCGCAGGACAAAGACCGGCAUGCAGCGUCAAGACACCGUCCGGGCCGCAGGACAGUGUAUGAACAAAGAGGUUCAAGGGCAGCACCCGCCCAAUGCCAGCGGGCAGCUACCUCACUGCGCGACCCGAGGUCCGCCAGCACCAGAGCAGUUGCUGUGGCAACAGGCCGCGGCGUCCCACUCCGCCGGCGCCUGCGCGCCUCUCUCCCCGCCCCACCCACGACGCGGGCGCUCCUCACUCUCGCAACGGUCACGCAGACCCCGCCUCCGCGAACCCGGCCAAGUCCCGAGCGGAAGCGCCUUGAGCGGAAGCGGAAGUGAACGAGGCGGCUGUGGCGGUGGCUGAGGCGGCUGGGCCUAGGGUGCAGCGGGCGCAUCUGCGGCUGGUGUUGGCGCAUAUCUAGAUCCUUUCCCGGAGUUCAGUUAUGGGUGUGAGAGGUUUGCAAGGAUUUGUGGGAAGUACCUGCCCACAUAUAUGUACAGUAGUAAAUUUCAAAGAACUGGCAGAGCACCACCGAAGCAAGUAUCCUGGAUGUACCCCUACCAUUGUGGUUGAUGCCAUGUGUUGUCUCAGAUAUUGGUAUACUCCAGAAUCUUGGAUCUGCGGUGGCCAGUGGCGAGAAUACUUUUCUGCUUUGCGAGAUUUUGUUAAAACUUUUACAGCAGCUGGAAUCAAGUUGAUAUUCUUCUUUGAUGGCAUGGUGGAGCAGGAUAAGAGAGAUGAAUGGGUGAAACGAAGGCUCAAGAACAACAGGGAGAUAUCCAGGAUUUUUCAUUACAUCAAGUCACACAAGGAGCAGCCAGGCAGAAAUAUGUUCUUCAUCCCCUCAGGGCUAGCUGUGUUUACACGAUUUGCUCUAAAGACACUGGGCCAGGAAACUUUGUGUUCCUUGCAGGAAGCAGAUUAUGAGGUAGCUUCCUAUGGCCUCCAGCAUAACUGUCUUGGGAUUCUGGGGGAAGACACUGAUUACCUAAUCUAUGACACUUGUCCCUACUUUUCAAUUAGCGAGCUCUGCCUAGAGAGCCUGGACACCGUCAUGCUCUGCAGAGAGAAGCUCUGUGAGAGUCUGGGCCUCUGUGUGGCCGACCUUCCUCUUCUGGCCUGCCUCCUUGGCAACGACAUAAUCCCAGAGGGCAUGUUUGAAAGCUUUAGGUACAAAUGCUUAUCAUCCUACACCUCUGUAAAAGAGAACUUUGACAAAAAAGGUAACAUCAUAUUAGCUGUGUCAGACCACAUAUCGAAAGUUCUUCACUUGUAUCAAGGUGAGAAAAAAUUAGAAGAGAUAUUACCUCUGGGACCAAACAAAGCUCUUUUUUAUAAAGGAAUGGCAUCAUAUCUUUUACCAGGACAAAAAUCUCCAUGGUUUUUCCAAAAACCCAAAGGCGUAAUAACUUUGGACAAGCAAGUAAUAUCCAUGAGUUCAGACGCUGAAUCCAGGGAAGAAGUUCCCAUGUGUUCAGAUGCUGAAUCCAGGCAAGAAGUUCCCAUGUGUACAGGCCCUGAAUCCAGGCAAGAAGUUCCCAUGUGUACAGGCCCUGAAUCAAGGCGAGAAGUUCCCAUGUAUACAGAUUCUGAACCCAGGCAAGAAGUUCCCAUGUGUUCAGACCCUGAAUCCAGGCAAGAAGUUCCCAUGUGUACAGGCCCUGAAUCCAGGCAAGAAGUUCCCAUGUGUUCAGACCCUGAACCCAGGCAAGAAGUUCCCAUGUGUACAGGCCCUGAAGCCAGGCAAGAAGUUCCCAUGUAUACAGACUCUGAACCCAGGCAAGAAGUUCCCAUGUAUACAGGCCCUGAAUCCAGGCAAGAAGUUUUAAUAUGGACAGACCCUGAAUCUAGGCAAGAAAUUAUGUGUACAGGCCAUGAAUCCAAACAGGAAGUUCCCAUAUGUACAGAUCCUAUAUCCAAGCAAGAAGACUCCAUGUGUACACACCCUGAAAUCAAUCAAAAAUUACCUGUAGCAACAGAUUUUGAAUUUAAGCUAGAAGCUCUCAUGUGUACAAACCCUGAAAUUAAACAAGAAGACCCCACAAAUGUGGGGCCUGAAGUAAAGCAACAAGUAACCAUGGUUUCAGACACUGAAAUCUUAAAGGUUGCUAGAACACAUCACGUCCAAGCAGAAAGCUACCUGGUGUACAACAUCAUGAGCAGUGGAGAGAUUGAAUGCAGCAACACCCUAGAAGAUGAGCUUGACCAGGCCUUACCCAGCCAGGCCUUCAUUUACCGUCCCAUUCGACAGCGGGUCUACUCACUCUUACUGGAGGACUGUCAAGAUGUCACCAGCACCUGCCUAGCUGUCAAGGAGUGGUUUGUGUAUCCUGGGAACCCACUGAGGCACCCGGACCUCGUCAGGCCGCUGCAGAUGACCAUUCCAGGGGGAACGCCUAGUUUGAAAAUAUUAUGGCUGAACCAAGAGCCAGAAAUACAGGUUCGGCGCUUGGACACACUCCUAGCCUGUUUCAAUCUUUCCUCCUCAAGAGAAGAGCUGCAGGCUGUCGAAAGCCCGUUUCAAGCUUUGUGCUGCCUCUUGAUCUACCUCUUUGUCCAGGUGGACACGCUUUGCCUGGAGGAUUUGCAUGCGUUUAUUGCGCAGGCCUUGUGCCUCCAAGGAAAAUCCACCUCGCAGCUCGCAAAUCUACAGGUAAAAUGAACACGUUCUUUGAAAAAUACAACCAAAUAAGACUGAAGUAUGAAGAAAUAGAAAACUAGAAACCUUGAAUGGUUCCAUGUUUACUGAAGACAUUGAAUCUGAAAUGAAAACUCUGCCUACAAGGAAACCUCAGGAUCAGAGGGCUUCCCUGUGAGUUUUUCCAGACACCGAAGGAGGAACCAGCAGCUGUGCUACGCCCAUUCUUCCAGAGAGCAGAAGAAGAAGGAAGGCUUUCCAACUGUUUCUAUAAGUCCAGCAAAAUCCUGAUGCAAAAAUCUAACAAAGACAUCACAAGAAAUAGAAAUUUAGGCCAUUCUGUUUCAUGCAAAUAAAGCUUCCAAACAAAAUAUUAACAAAUCAAAUCCAGCAAUAUGUAAAACCAAUAAUACAUGAUUACCAAGUUGGGUUUAUUUUUGGAAUGCAAUAUUGAUUUAACAUUUGAAAACCAUUGUAAAUAACAAUGAAUAAGAAAAAGGAUAUAAUGGAUGCUAAAAAAAUACUUGAUUAAAUUCAGUACCUGUUCAUGGCAGUCACCUUCAGGCUUCUGUAGGAAAUACGCUUCUCACUAACACGUCCUGUUAGCAUCUGCUCAGCCCUGUGUACGUGUGUAAUGGUUGCUCUUUUUAAAAACGAGUGUUGUUUUGGAUAAUUUUGUAGAAUAAAAAGUGUCGCACAGCACUAUUUUAGGGUACAGUAGUGCUGUGCAACAAAAAUCAUUUUGAUUAAACCUAGAUUAACUCUCGGAUAAUCUCAGUUCAUGAUACGUUUCUUACAGUGGUGAGCAAGGUUCUUCUAUUUUAGUAAGUGAAGCCUUAGCUUCUAAAGGAGCUAAAAUAUCUGUUACUUUUUUCCUAAUUUAUUUUAGUUUUAUUUAAAAUAACUCUUGGUUAAUUUGAGCUACAUAGAUAAGCCAGACAAUGACGGAUUCAGUUUCACUUACCUCAUUUAUGGACUCAUGUGGACACUCGCUAGAUAUCGGUAUCACUUUCCAUGGGGCCAGUGUCAGCCAGGAGGUAGAGAGUAUCUCAUGCAGCAUCCUCGCUAAAUGCAGGAACCCUCUGCAGCAUCUUAGGAUAGCUUCCCCGUUUGAGAACAGAAUGUUGGACAUCAAGGUAAAUUUGACAGUGAAAAGAAAUAUUUCAUAUUGGUAUGGUCUUAAUUUGCAAAGAUUAUCAGCCUAUCAACCUAGUGAGAUACAUAAGCCAUUUUAUUCUUAAAUGAUAAGUGUUCAUUUAAAGUUAGAUCUUUCAUAACAAAUACUCAUAAUUACAACAAUUAUGAUUUUUAAAUACAAUAAACUUAAUAGUGUCUAAAA